CCCGUCUGGGAGGGCACUGCGCCUGCGCUAGAACGGCUGCCUCGCUCCCGGAAGUGGCGGGUCCGCAGAGUGUCGCUGGUCUGGGUAGCCGGAGGCAAGAGCGCUCACGGAGCUCCGUCGCCGGUCUCCCGACCGCCAUGUCGGCCUUCGACACGAACCCCUUCGCGGACCCAGUGGAUGUUAACCCCUUCCAGGAUCCCUCCGUGACCCAGCUGACUAACGCCCCGCAGGGUGGCCUGGCUGAAUUCAACCCCUUCUCCGAGACAAAUGCAGCCACAACCGUGCCUGUCGCCCAACCCCCUGGGCCCUCGCAGCCGGCAGUCCUGCAGCCCUCGGUGGAACCAGCCCAGCCAACCCCCCAGCUCCUGCUUAGACAGGCCGGCAAGUUCCUGCCUAGCCGAUUCCUGGCAGUGAGCACGCUCUCAGAGAGGCAGAUGCUGCUAGGAGGAGAUAGUGUUCUCAGAGACAGCUACAUGCGAAAGCUUCCCAAGGCUGUGGCAUCUGCAGCCCAAGCAGGCCUGCUCCGGCAGCAGGAAGAGCUGGACCGGAAGGCCGCCGAGCUGGACCGCAAGGAGCGGGAGCUGCAGAACACCAUGGCCAGCCUGCACGUGAGAGAGAACAACUGGCCGCCGCUGCCCUCAUGGUGCCCCAUCAGGCCCUGCUUCUACCAGGACUUCUCCACGGAGAUCCCUGCCGACUACCAGCGGAUAUGCAAGAUGCUCUACUACCUCUGGAUGUUGCACUCAGUGACCCUGUUCCUGAACCUGCUGGCCUGCCUGGCCUGGUUCACGGGGGACGGCUCCAAGGGCGUGGACUUCGGCCUCUCGAUCCUGUGGUUUCUGAUCUUCACCCCCUGUGCCUUCCUAUGUUGGUACCGGCCCAUCUACAAGGCUUUCAGGUCCGACAACUCCUUCAGCUUCUUCGUGUUCUUCUUUGUAUUUUUUUGUCAAAUAGGGAUCUACAUCAUUCAGCUGGUUGGCAUCCCUGGCCUGGGGGAUAGUGGUUGGAUCGCAGCCCUGUCCACGCUGGAGCACGAGUCGUUGGCCGUGUCGAUCAUCAUGAUGGUGGUGGCUGGCUUCUUCACCCUGUGUGCCGCGCUCUCCCUCUUCCUCCUGAAGCGAGUGCACUCCCUAUACCGCCGGACGGGGGCCAGCUUCCAGCAGGCCCAGGAGGAGUUUUCCCAGGGCAUCUUCAGCAACAGGACCUUCCGCAGUGCUGCCUCGUCGGCUGCCCAAAGCGCCUUCCAGGGCAAUUAGUCCUCUGACCGCCCGUGGCCCAGCCUCCCCUCUCGCCUGCCUGCCUUCUGAGCUGCACUUUCCGCGGUGCCUUAUCUGGUGGCUGUGCCUGGCACAGACCUGGCGAGGGCCUUGCCAUGGCUCUUCCUCCUUCCUCAGCCACCAGCUGUCCCUUCCACCAGGAGAAGGGAGGGACAGGGACUUUUUACUUAAGAGAAAAGAAAAAAAAAAAGCUGUCUUUCCCUCUCUGGUGGUGGUUUGGUAGGAUUCCUUUGUCUCCCUGGAAUCAGUGGGACUGAAGUGCUCUCCCCACUACCCACACACAUGCACACACAUGCACACCCAUGCCCACGGGGUCUGGAUCACUGGCCGACCUGCUAGGGCCUCCUCCAGUGUCCUGGGACCCACUCCUCCCAGCAGGCCUGGCCUGAACCUGGCUGCACACGGCCUGUGGCCACAGCACCACCCUUCCCGUCUGGUGGGGAUAAGCCGCCUGCGGGCUCCACCUGGCAAGGCAGUCUGGUGGUGGACAGCUUUGUUCCCCAGGUCACUCUGGGGUGGUCUCUGGCCUGGCUGCCCCAGGCUCCUCCUGCCCCAAGCCCUCAGCAGAUUUGUGGCCCUUUCAGGCUCUGCCUCGUCCCAGUGUGGGUGGGACCUCGUGCCCCCAGGGCCCUUUGCACCCUUUUCCGACCCUGAAUGUGCAGUAGAGUUGGCUGACAUUUGAAAGUGAGGCAGGAGAGGACACUGCCCCAGCGUGUCCCCCCAGCCUUUCUGACUGUCCUCUGGACUCGAGAGGGACAGCUGCCCUUGCCUUAGCCUCAAUCUCCCCCCACGCCGCCCCUCCGCCGGCAGUAUCCAGCUUGCACGACUCUGAGCGAGGCCAGGCCGUCAGUGCAGCCCUGCAGAUUGCAGGUGGGACUGAGGAGCCAGACUAGUCCAGGGUUACCUCUGUGCCCUGAGUGCAGUCUAGGGCCCCUUCCACUGGCCCUGGGGAUUCCCGGGGGGGUCACUGUGAUGGGUACCCAGGAGUCCACCCUUAAAACCUGCAGAGUGGCUGUGGACCGCUGGAACUUCUCACCAAGCUGGCCACCCCCCUGCCUCUGGCCUGGGUGCACUCUCCGGCAGACCUGGGCUGUCAGCCCUCUGGAGCCCAGAGCCACUGAAUGACAGUGACAGGGCCAGGGUUUUAUAAAUGCCUUUCUGGUAUUUUUUCUCCAUGUACAAAUGUAUAUGUUAUAUCUCGAUUUUUGUGCUUAAAUAAAAAGACAUUUUCAGACAA